AUUCAUUAAAGAAUUUUAGUGACAAGACCCAAGAAAGUAUCAUCCAAUGGUUUAAAAUUGUAAAAACAGAUUGCAGUGUCUCUGAGAUGGAUGAGAUAGAUGAUUAUUAUAUUGAUCCAAUGUUAUUUAUUGUCGAGUGGAAUGAUAAUGGACUCAGACAGCGAAAUAUUAAUAAAAAUAACAUAGUUAAUGAUAUUCUCAUGACUGGUGGAGGAAUGGUCACUAGCAAUCCAUCUAAUUCAAUUUUUUGUGUUUUUGAUGUUCCCCCUGCAGAGAAUCAACAGAUUACUCAAGAUCUCAUUGCCCAUCUUAGGCAAACUUAUUACCAAGCAAAUCAAACUUCAUUGGGCAGAGUGUUUGAUAUACAAGCUACAGUAAAAG